AUGGUAAAAAUGACUUUAUCAAACAACAAAACAAAUGUUUCACGAUCUCCUACUUUAAGCUAUGAUAUUCUGUAUGUAGCAAUGGGUCCGCAUUGCUAUAUAAGAAUAGCAACACAUACAGAUGCAACAAUGUGCAAAAAAGUGCAAAACCUGCUUAUAGAAAUUUUUCUUGUCGACUUCCGUUAUGCAUUGUGGGCUUUAAAUAUAAGGCAAAAUAUAAAUAAAUUAUUCUGUCCUAAUUGUAAAAAUAAUAGUGCUUUUGUAGAAAAAAUACAGGGAGGAGUCUUCAGUUACCACGAAGAUAUCCUUAAAUUUGGGUGUAGAAUUAUCAUAAAAUAUACCAAAAAGAAACAAAAAGUGGUCAAGAAUCAAUGA